UAUUUAUGCCAAGGCGGGAGCCACAGUAUCCGACGUACUUGACCCACCCGACGUACCUUUACUUGUCCAUUCGUUUUUUGAUCUUAAUAACGCCAUUUGCUAUGACGGUCACACGUUGCCUCUGUUAUCCAUUCAGGUGACUGAACUUGUGGAUGGAAUAUUCAUCGGUUGCUCUUUCAACCACAUGGUGACCGACGGGACCUCUUUAUGGCAUUUCAUGGCUGCUUGGAGUGAAAUAUUUAGAUCCGGAGGACAAUCAGUUUCUCGUCCUCCGGUAUUCAAGCGAUGGGUGCUGGAUGGAUAUGAUCCAAUAAUCAAUCUCCCCUACAACCAUCAAGAUCAGUUUAUUGAACGAUUUGAAAAUCAAACCUUUAAAGAGCGAUUCUUCAGUUUCUCCUCAACGGCCAUCUCCAAACUCAAAGCAACAGCAAAUUCUGAAUGCAAUACACGAAAGAUUUCAAGUUUACAAGCCGUGAUCGCGCUUUUAUGGAGGUGCAUCACCCGUGCGCGAUGUCUACCACAUGAUUGUGAAAUCACUUGCUCGUUGAUGUUUUCUACACGGGCAAGGUUAAACCCGCCUUUGUCAGAUGGUUAUUUUGGUAACCCAGUUCACAUUGUGGGAGGCAAAGCAACUGUGGGGGAUUUGUUGGCUCAUGGUCUCGGUUGGGCGGCUUUCCGACUACACGAAGCCGUGAUAAACCACGAUGAUAAAGCAAUCAAGGAAGAGGUUGAGUCAUGGAUAAAAUGUCCAGUGAUAUAUAAACGGAUUCAUCUGUUUGGUGCAAACCUUGUGCGAGCUGCGAGCUCACCGAGAUUUGACAUGUAUGGGUGUGAAUUUGGAUUGGGUAAAGCGCUUGCGGUUAGAAGUGGGUGCACCAACAAAUGCGAUGGGAAGAUAACAAUGCAUCCGGGCCGAGAGGGUGGCGGUAGCAUGGACGUAGAAGUUUGCCUUUUGCCGGAAUAUAUGAAAAAUAUUCAAUCCGACCAGGAGCUCAUGAGUUAUCUAAUGAUAGACUAAGAGAUGAGUCUGCUUCUGUUGGAUCUGGUUUAGGAUCGGUCCAUGAUGGGCGCUAAACCCGCGUUAACGGGUCAGUCACAUUGUUAAGUGAAUGUGUCUUGUUUGUUUCGGUAUUUUCUGUUUUUCAUUGGAUUGGUCUAUUGAGUCUGUA